AAUGAAAUCAAAAUUUCUUUCUUAAACAUGGAAGAAUUGAGGGAUUUGAGUACGGAAGAAAAACUCAAAAUCGUCACUAAUUUCUUACUAAGUAGUCCACCUGGUGAAGCUGAUGAAGUUUUCAACGAUGUUCGUGUUUUGAUGGCCGAUGACCCCGCACUUCAAACUGGAAUUCUGGAUGCCUUACGGGAAUACAAUACCGAACAGUAUAUCACUGUAAAACUUCCUGGUCAAGAAAAUCAAGUUUUAGUAUCUAAGUUCGGACAAAUCGAAAAUGAUUUAUAUUUAGAUCCGAAAUCUCACCAAGCUUUCAGGUUUGAUCAUAUGAAUCGAAGAGCUACAGAAGUUGAACCACGCCCUCCUGUUGAAGAAACCGAACCGCUUAGAACUGCGGUAGAAGCUGCUAUUACAAAUUAUGUUGAAGACCAUUUCAAGGAUGGUGUAUCAAGUGUUUAUUCUACAGAGAAUGGAACAAUAACAAUUGCUAUUGUGGAUAAUAAAUAUAACUCAUCUAAUUUUUGGAAUGGUCGAUGGCGUUCAACGUGGGUCGUAAAUCCAGAAUCUGGUAAAUUGAAAGGGAACAUAAAGGUGAACGUACAUUAUUAUGAAGAUGGAAAUGUUCAGUUGGAUUCUAAUAAAGAUAUUGAAGUUGAAACUUCAACAACUGCGGAGAAUCCAGCCGCUGCAGCAGCCGCGUAUGUUAGAUUAAUUGGAAAAGCCGAGAAUGAAUAUCAAACAGCCGUUAAUGAAUCUUAUAUUGAAUUAUCAGAAAAUACAUUCAAAAGUUUGAGACGUUCUCUUCCAUUGACGCGUCAAAAAUUAGACUGGGAUAAGAUUUUGAAUUACAAGAUUGGACAAGAACUUUCAUUUACAAAGAUUGCCGAGCCGGGUCCUACAUCAAACAAGUAAUAAUGCAUAUUUCAUAAAACAUAAUGAUAAGUUAUUGUUAAGUUGCAGGUUAAUUAAAAAACAUUUUAUUUAUUGUCUUAUGUUUAUGAAAAUUUUUCGUGAUUCAUUGCUAAAAAUAUAUAAUAAAUCUAUUUCAAUAAACUAAUUUCAGUUAUUUAUUAAAAUUCUACAUAUUCUUGUUACAUAUAUAAUGCAUAAUUCUUC